CAUUACACAUCUAAAGUAGUUAAUGUUUGGCAGAUAAUAUGCAUUUGUGUUACUUUAAAAAAUAAAGUGACCAGAGGUGCUGGCUUCCUCAGUUGCCCUGACAGGAACAUUUCGUGGUACCUUUGUUUUUUUUUUUUUUACUAUGACUGAGUUUUGCGAAGAAAGUUUUCUCUUUAAGCAACUUUGGUAUUUUUUUAGUUUGUACUUUAUCGUAUUUAUUUAUCUUCUCUCAACAGAAUCUCAAAGUCCCAUCCCAGAAGUGACGCGUGUACCCUUUCCCAAAAUUCCCGAUCUUCUCGGAAUCUUCCAUUGCUUACUUGCUAGGGUUUUUAAAUGAAUGCAUCCUUGUUCCUUGUGUUAUUCAGGCAACUAAAGAGGAAAACGUUUAUAAGAAUCAAGUUGUAAGCGUCAUUAGCAACUUUUUAUUUAUUAUCAAUUUAUAUUAAGUUAGCGGUUUGGUUUAGCCCAUUUCCAUUAAUGGCUAUGAAGAUUUCUUCCUAAAACAUUUCCGGAGUGUUUUAAAACAGGAAGAAGUAACGAGUAUACAUUCACCCUGUGUUAUCAAAAUGCCCAGCAAUGAGGUGAAACAAAGGAAGAAAACAACACCGUCAGCUAAACAAAAUGAAGAAACAAAAGAGACGACGAAACUGAAAGAGGAAAAAGUGAAAAAUGCUGAUUUAACGGGAAAAACGGAGAAUCGUGUUUCUUCUUCUGGAGUGAACAUACAGACAGUAACUUGUCUUUUAUCUUUAAUUGUGUCUCUUGCACUUACUUGGUUUGUGUUGCAGCAAGCCAUAAAGUUUGCAGAUGUGGAAGAAAAGUACAAUGAGUUGUACAAGAAAACUAGGGAUAUCCAGAGUCUGGAAAACGAAAUCAAGCAAGUUUCUAAAAAGCUCGAGUCCUCUGAAGAAGAUCUUCAGGAAGCCCUUUCCUCUGUCUCCUUGGUAACCACGUUGGAGCAUGACGUCUCUGGUCUGCGAACCAUCAUAAACGUCAUGCAAGACAGUGAACGGUCAGUAUCGCAAAACAUGCAAGACAUAAACGAACGCUUUCAAAACGUGACAGACCUCUGGAAAAGCAGCUUGGAACAAAUCAACCUGGAUAUCGGGAACCUGAAGUCUGAAACCAGAGUCAUACACAACAAGGUAACCACAAAGAUCAACGAGGCCGAGAAGAACUUGAAGUUACUUUCCGUGGCCUUGGAAGACUUGGAGGACAGCACCAAGAGAAAUUCAAGGGUCCUUCAGCGCAACGAGGAUGAAGAAGUGGUGGAAUUUGAAAAGCAACUGGACUGGAACACAAGGCAGAUCCAGAAACUGGAGGAGCAGGGGCUGGUGAUGGUCAACAAAGAUUCAGAGCUGAUGGAGAAGCUUGCAGACUACCAGCCAAAAAUGGAAAAGUGUGAGGAGCAGCUCCCAACUGUGGAGAAUGCUGUUGCCUCCAUUCUCAAGAUGUCUUCUGAACUGAUAAACACAGAGAAGAGGAUAGAGGAUCUGACCGUACAAGUGUUCAACAUGGAGGACAAUAUGCUUAAAGUUGUAUCUGAGAUCUUGGAAAUAAAGAAAGCUCUGGACAUCCUGCAGGUUGAUAAUAGCAUUCUGAAAUUAGCAAAUGACUUGGGUGUUUUGAAAGAAAAGGUGAAGGAAUUUGAUACAACCCGAAAAGAAACACCAGUAAUCCAGGAAGAACUGAACACUGAACAUUGAUAUCAAGGAAAUGAUAUAUAGUAGAUGCCACUAUUAUUUCUGUGUUAUCAUUCAGUAAGAAUAUUUUUAUUACAAAGCCCGAGAGGGGACAUGAGAGAAACAAAUAUAUAUCUUGUGCACACGUCUUGCUAUCUCAUGGCCACAAGAUAGUAAGUCUUGUGCACAAGAUAUAUAUAUAUAUAUAUUUUUUUCUCUCAUGUCCCCACCUGGGCUCUGUAGUUUAUUGCAUCAUAUUGUUUUUUAAAAAUUUUUUUACUCCAACACCUAAUUACCUGUACUGAAUAAAAAAAAAGAUUGUAUAGAGCAUAAACUGCAAUUUUAUUUUAAAAACUAAAUCUUUUAAAAAUCUAAAUCUCACUAAAUUGUUUCUAUCCAAUUAUGCAUGUAUGUUUUAUUUGCAAAAUGUCCUAUAUAAAAUAUGUUUAACUAAAAUAAAAAAUAUAUAUGUGACUUUUUUAUUUAAUCUUUACUAUUUACCCUCCAUACAAACUCAUUGAAAUAUUACAAUAAACUUGCAGCUGUGGUUGUUACUUCCCUUGAAUUGUUAUUUCUCUUAUCAACAAGGCACAGCAAGAAACAACAGUUGAAGUUAGGCAAAAAUAUAUAUAUUGUUCUGAGCAAUUCCUUGAUAGUUUCAUACUGCUAAAAUGAUAUAUUCCUUUCAGAAUUUUUUUUUUUUUUUUUUUGGUCACAAUCCCAAAAUUCUAGGUAAUGCAAAACCUUUGGCCAUAGCUGUACUUUCGGGCUUAUGCAUAAAAAUACAAAAAAAACACUGUCUACCUAACUUGGUACCUAUUCAGAAUUACAAUAACAGAUUAUUUGUGUGUGCAUGUAAAAAAGAGCAAGUUUGGGUGCACAGUAUACUUCUUAAUAACAGGCUGUUAAGGUUUAAAAAAAGUUAGACUAUUUAGAUUACCAGGGUACAUUUUGGUUUAAAAGGAAAAUGUAUUUUAAAAUAUUUAUGAAUAUUUCAGAAAGGGGCUUAUGAACAUUCCAGGCCUAUCUUUAUGUUUUUGAAAAUGAGUAACAAUUGCCAAGCUUAGACCUUCCUUGACAGUAAACAAGGUAAUCAUGAGCCAACGUUUAUUGCAAGGUAUUAUUCAAUAUUUUACUUUGAUGUUGUUCUAGUGUCUGUUGCUGCAGAACGAUACAGUAAACUUGAACUUGUGCAUUGUUACUAUCACCUUUUUGUUGACAUUGUAAACAUAAACACAACAUUUGUAUAUACAAUGCAGUGAACUACUGUAUUUUGCAAAUAAAAUAACAAUAAAAAGGUUGUUACAAUGUGAAAUAAACCAUUUUUGUUUCAAGUUUCAAUAAAUGUUUUGUGUAAUGCUUCAAUUGUUUUUUUACCUAAAGUAAAUGUUUGUAUUAUUAUUAUUAAUUUAUCUUUGAUUAACGAGAAGCCAAAUCUUUCUGACACUAGAUGCCGUAAAUGUAUUUCCUGUUUUCCAGAUUAUUUUGCACUCUC